CCCAGAAGUGCCACCUGUCAGUGCCCAUCAAUGCCACAUGCCAGUGCCCAUCAGUGCCACCCAUCAGUGCCAGUCAGUGCCACCUAUCAAUGCCAAUCAGUGCCACCUAUCAGUGCCAGUCUGUGUCGCAUAUCAGUGCCAGUCAGUGUCGCCUAUCAGUGCCAGUCAGUGCCGCCUAUCAGUGCCAUAUAUCAGUGUCAUGUAUCAGUGUCAUGUAUCAGUGCUGCCUUUCAGUGCCCAUCAGUGAUGCCUGUCAAUGCCCAUCAGUGC